AUGGAUUCCCUUCUACUGCUGUCGUUGGCCCUCCUGGCCCUAAUCUCGCUCCUCGCCUACCGAAUCUACUUUCACCCUCUCGCUCAUAUCCCCGGUCCUCCAUUGGCCAAGGUCACCUAUCUCUAUGAAUGGUAUUACGAUCUGUAUCAAAAUGGCCAGUUCAGCUUCCAGCUUAAGGCUCUGCAUCGCAGAUAUGGCCCUGUCAUUCGCAUCAACCCCGAUGAAGUGCAUAUCGACGACCCCGAUUUCUUCGACCAAGUUUUUAACCAGACGAAUGGCCGGGCAGAGAAGCCCCUACGUGUCGCGGAAGCUUUUGGUCCCUAUCCCGCGACCAUUGGCACUAGGGGGCAUGACUUGCACCGCCUGCGACGAAGCGCUCUAAACCCCUUCUUUUCCAAGAAAUCCGUCACCGACCUCGUUCCUGUCAUGUGGCGUCCCAUUGAGCUUCUGCGAGAGCGUCUGCAUCGCGCCGCUCAGACGGGCGACAUGCUCAAUAUGAAGUACAUUUACGCCGCAGUAACCCUGGAUAUCAUUAACGCCUAUUGCUUUGCUCAUGAGCCCCACAAUGUGCACCAGCCCGAUUUCGGUCGCAAGGGAUUUGACGAUGUGGAUAGAUUCCUGCAGGUCAGCCUGCUGAAUAUCCAUAUUCCAUGGGUGAUGCGCUUCACGUAUUCACUGCCGGAUCGCGUCAACAAAAUCCUAGCCCCAGCAUUGGCGGACAUUCUGAAUUUUCGUCAGACUCUAUCUCGGCAAGUGGAGGCCAUUCGACAUGGUGAGGAUACGGCCUACGAGAAUGCCGGUCAUCGGACCGUCUUCCACGAACUGUUGGACAGCAAGCUCCCCCCGGCCGAGCUGCAGAGGGAUCGGUUGCGGGAUGAAGCCUUCAGCUUGGUGACGGCGGGCUCCGGGACAACAGCAUUUGUACUACGUGGGACCGCCUAUCACAUUGCCGCCAACCGAGCUGUACGACAACGGUUGCAUGACGAGCUCACGACCGCCGUCCCAGACCCUCGGCAGUUUCCCUCUCUGGCGACUCUCGAACAACUCCCCUAUCUGGCAGCCGUGGUCCAGGAGGGUCUGCGCCUGUGCGACCCCGUCAGCCAUCGGAUUGGCCGUCAGUUCCCCGACCAGCCGCUCCAAUGUCGCGGGAUCUUCAUUCCUGCGAACACUACCGUUGGAAUGACGGCCAUGCUCACCCAUCUGAACGACACCAUCUUUCCGGAGCCUCGCAUCUUCCGACCCGAGCGUUGGCUGGGACCCGACGGCAAGCGAUUGGAACGAUACCUGGUUCCGUUCAAUCGGGGCACACGCUCUUGCCUGGGGAUUAAUCUGGCCCGUGCAGAGCUGGUUUUGAUUCUAGCGGCCGUCUUCCGGCAGUUUGACUUUGAUGUCUCCGCGGUGCAACGCGAUCGCGACAUCGAUGUGAGCCGAGACUACAUUCUAGGAGCGCAGGCGUGUGACACACCUGGCAUUCUGGUGACUGUGAAGGAGUGCUAG